AUGUUGGGGAAGAAUGCCGAUCGGUUUCCAAGCGUCUACGAAAAAGCCGAGCAAUUAAUGCGAGCUGUCGAACGAGUCGAUGAGCAAUUUGCGAUUCGUCUCGAAUGUAUCGUUGUGAGUACUACUGGAGCAAAAUCAGCCAUUGAUGAACUGCUUCAACGGUUGUUCGACACACUCACAUGGACGCUACGACUCAGCAUCAACACCAAGCUGCAAACUAUUCAACAAUUUCUUACUCAGGCCAUUGAAGUUCUCAGCUCUCGUCCUCAAUCAAUAGAUGAGGUAGCCGAAGCAAAUGCUCGUCAUACCGAAUAUAACCGAACCAAUAAGGAGUUGAAAGCUUCAUGGGCCGUGUUGAACGAGCAGCACAUGUUGCUUCGAUCGGUCGCAGGCAGUGGAGUCGAUCAGAUGUCGUCAGUGACCGAUCAAUGGGAAAAGUUCGAAGUGAUGCUAGAUAGCCAUCAGUUGAUGAUUAAAGAACAGGUAGAGUGA